AUGUAUGCGAUGUGGAGACUGCAGCUCGCCUUCUGCACUCUGUCGGUUGUGUCCCUGUCAUACGCUGCUGGUGGGCAAGCGCGGAGCUGUAGCGAGGUUAGACAAGCUUACAGCGCGAAAGGAUUCAGCCUCACCAAUGUACCUCAUCAGGAAAUAUCAGGAGAGCACCUGCGAGUCUGUCCUCAGGGAUACACCUGCUGCACCUCAGACAUGGAGGACACGCUGCACCUGCAGAGCAAAGUGGAGUUUGAGAGCCUGGUGGAGCAGACCAGCCACGACAUGAGGACCACCUUUGUGUCCAGGCACAAGAAGUUUGAUGAGUUUUUCCUGGAGUUGCUGGACACCUCGGAGAAGUCCUUGAAUGGCAUGUUCACACAGACCUAUGGGAAACUGUACAUUCAGAACUCGGAGAUCUUCCAGGACCUUUUCACAGAGCUGAAGCGCUACUACACCGGCGGCAAUGUCAACCUGGAGGAGAUGCUCAAUGACUUCUGGUCCAAACUUCUGGAGCGCAUGUUUCAGCUGCUCAACUCGCAGUACCACUUUACGGACGACUACCUGGAGUGUGUGAGCAAAUACACAGACCAGCUCAAACCGUUCGGAGAUAUACCGCGCAAACUCAAGGCCCAGGUGACCAGGGCCUUCAUCGCAGCUCGGACCUUUGUACAGGGCCUGAUGGUGGGCAGAGAGGUGGCCAACAGGGUGGCAAAGGUAAAUGUGGCGCCCGCUUGUGUGAAGGCGUUGACAAAGAUGCUGUAUUGUCCGUACUGCCGUGGCAUGCCUGGACUCAAGCCCUGUCAUAACUACUGUCAGAACGUGAUGAGGGGCUGUCUCGCCAACCAGGCCGACCUCGAUGCAGAGUGGAACCUCUUCAUAGAUGCGAUGCUGAUGGUGGCCAACAGGCUGCAGGGGCCGUUCAACAUUGAGGCAGUGGUCCAGCCAAUUGACAUCAAGAUCUCUGAGGCCAUCAUGACCAUGCAGGACAACAGCAUGCAUGUGUCUGCAAAGGUGUUUCAAGGCUGUGGUCCUCCAAAGCCCUCAGGAGCCGGGCGUUCGGCCAGAGGGAUCUCAGACGUGUUCAGUGGACGAUUCAAACACUUCAGCCACGAAGAAAGACCCACUACCACAUCUGGAACCAGCCUGGACAGACUGAGGAUAGUGUGGAGGACAAUGCAACACAGCGUGAUUGACAUUAAAGGGAAGUUACAGGAGUCCAAGCGAUUCUGGUCCAAGCUGCCCGAUGACAUCUGCGCCCGGGGACAGUUCAGUGAGCAGGACGAUGAGCAGUGCUGGAAUAGCCACGCCAAGGCCAGAUAUUUCCCCGAAGUGGUGAAGGAGGGACUGACCAACCAGAUCAACAACCCGGAGGUGGAGAUCGACAUCACAAGGCCGGACACUCUGAUCCGACAGCAGAUCAUGGCCCUGCGCGUCAUGACCAACAAACUCAAGAAUGCUUACAACGGCAAUGAUAUCUACUUCCAGGACUCUAGUGAUGAGGGCAGUGCAUCAGGCAGUGGCAGUGGCUGCACUGAGGGCUGCACUACAGAGUACACUUACGUGGGGACUGAAGAGGCUCCUGUGAUUGGCGCCGACCGCAGUGACGAACGUGCUGCAGCCGCCGGACACGCCCCCUCCCACAGACCCUCGCCCCGCCUCCUCCUGGUCACGCUCGCCAUCCCCCUGUGGGCCAUGCAGAGGCAAUGCAGAUAA